AUGGACGUAUCGGUCACCUCGAGCUGCUCGACAAAUUUAUUUGCGAUACAUGCUGGAGUUCGCGAUAAUGGCCCAAUAGCCAGAACGACUUACCCUGAUACUACAUUGGUUGGCGUAGGAGCCCAGAGAGAAGAGCGGGCUUCCAACAAAGUUACUAGGACCAGCGCGAGUUCAGAGUUGCUUAGCCCCCCCCCCAGCGAGAAUCUUGGCUUGCUGAUCUUUGAGCGUCUGGCCUUGACAUCUUCCAUUACGGGUUUGGAAGUAUAUCUUGCACCGAAUUCUGGUCGACUGUCCCGACUGAGAUUACAUGUUCCAAAUUGUGUGGACGAAGUAUACCAUCGUUAUGAUAAUCGGCAUGGCAGUGACAUUGUUUGUAAUAUUCUGGACGACAAGACGGGAGUUGUGAGCCUGCACAUGUCCCCUCGAAAAUCAGGGACCAGAGAAGUGGAAGAUGAAAGUUUUGAAAUCAACUCCCGUGCCUACCGCUUGAUAAUCUCGGAGGGAGUCAACAUGUAUGCUAACCGUUUCGUGGACGGAGGUGCUGAAGGGAGGUAA